UCGGGCCUCGGCGGGGGCGCGGCGCCAUGGCCGCCGGUUCCGUGGGGGUGCUGGCGCGAGCGUUGGAGGCGCUGGAUGUUGGUGGUGCAGCUGAUAAGAUUAAUUCAAUACCUCAAGACUUUUUUGCAGAACUGUGUGAACAAAUAAUUCAGCAUCUGAACCAUAAGAUCCCAGGUGUAAACACAACUGAACUGUGUCAGAGAAUUCAAACAGCUGGAAUUGAGAUUAAUAUUGGUGACCUGGCAAGAAUAGCUAACAUUAUUUCCUUUCUGUUUAGCACAGCAGCCAGAAACAAUCUCUCUACGGAAGAACUCGUCGCCACCUUGGACAAUGCAGUCAGCGCGCUGCCAAAACACGCAGUUCAAGUUAUUCGUCACGUGUGGAAUGAGCAGGGCAAAUCCAUUAGUGUGUCAGAAGAUGCAAGAAAUAUGGCCGCAAUGGGACAGUUUGUAGAUAUGGAAUGGAAACUGGGAGUUGCGAUGAGCUCUGACACCUGCAGGUCUCUGAAGUAUCCUUAUGUUACAGUGACACUAAAAGUGGCAGACCCUUCAGGACAAAUAACAGACAAAUCUUUUGAAAUGACGAUCCCACAGUUCCAGAACUUCUUCAAGCAGUUCAAGGAAAUGGCAGCUGUUCUUGAAACAGUUUGAAGAGAACUUAUUUACACUGAAACUUUGGACAGACUUAGAUAAGUAAACUUUCCCUUCUGCACGGGGGAUAAAGUGCCAUUGUGCAGCGAGGUAUGUAUCCGUGUCUUUGACAGGUAUUUGUCAGCAUCAUCCUUGCGUUGCUGUGAAGAUGUCUUCGGUUUUGAGUACUUGAAGCCAAGUCUUCAGUGUUUGGGAAAAUGCAUUCAACUUUUCUUCAUCCUGGUAGACAAAAAGAUCAGGAUGUGUAUGGAGAAACAUCACUGUAGACUUUCUAAUAUCCAAGAGUAAGAAACUACGCAUACGAAACUACACAUUUAUCUCUGGAGUGUGGAAAGACACAUGAAAACGUUGACUGGGAAGAUACAGAGAGAAGUGUAAAUCCCAUGGUAGUGCUUUUGUCCAUAAAAUUCAGGUGCACUUAGACUCAACGAUAAUAUUAAAUGUAAGGAGUACAUACAUAAGAAGCAUACAGUUAUUGAGGAAUAGCAAUGUCAAGUUGUUAGUUGCAGGUACUUGCGGUUCUGACUUUCAGCUUUCUUUUAAUAACUGAAGAAUGUACUUGUCCCAACAGCUUCUUAAUUUCAAAUGCUUAUUUCCCACUACCUGGGUUUAUAAAACUGAAUUAAUGCAUUAAACUUUUCUGGAGACCUAAAAUUUAUUCUCUGAAAUGAAGCCCAAGGGCUAAUUUUAAAUAAAGAUAGAAAGGUGAAUUUAAUUCAAAAGCAUUUUAAUUUAUUUUUGUCUUUGCAUUUAAUCCAACUCUAAUCUGUGGCACUCUGCUUGAUGUUUUGAUCAGCAGUCUGCUUUCUGAUUAAAUUAGAAUAUUGAUGUAGGUGCCUCACUCCAAACUCUGAACAAGAAAAGUCAAGAGGAAACUUGAAAAUUCAGGCUGGACUUUUAGCCCAGCACAUCAGAGAAAGAACCACACUACAAGUCAACAGGAUUUCUUUGCUGCUUGUGUUUUGUGGCAAGAGUCCACUGUACUGUAGUGCACAUGCUUGCUCUCAGAGAAUGUCCUAACCAGCAGAAUUUUGACUUUGACUCCCAUUUGGAAUGGGGGAUUUCCAAAGGGAGAGUGAUAAAUCCGGUGUGCUUGCGUGCGCUCUUUUUUUUCUAUGUUGUUUUUUCUUGUUUUCCAUAAACAAAACACAAACUGCAAACCUAGUAGGAUGUAAUAAAAACAACACUGUGGCAUUUCAACAUGUGGUGGUGAUGUAGUAGAGCAAGUAAAUCUGAAGAGAGACAAUUCAUGCUGAUGGGCAGACUGAAGCUCAUGCCGCAGCUUCAGAGUGGUCUAUACUGAGAACUGGUUUUGCUGGGGCAGAUUCUCAAGUGACUUCAAGCUGCCGUAAAUGAGAGCAUCUACCUUUCUAACCCACUUAGAUGUUUUUAACUUUUUUAGAAGCUGGCUGAAAGUCAUUGAUAGAGGUUAUGCCUGCAUAUUUGUGUCAUGGAGAAUAAGCUGCAACACAUUGUGUGUGCUGCACACUGCAGUCCUUUCAAUCAAGAGAGCUAAACCCUCACUAUUUGGGUAUUAUGCAUGGUGCAUAAGAACAGUAUUUGGAGUUGCUUAGAAGCCCAAGUAAGUGAAACAGGGUUGGCUUUAACAAAAGAUACUACAAAUUUUGGGCUGUGGCUAUUGAUUUGGGUGAUAUUUCCUUUGUGCUACACUGAGGUGUUUAGCUUUGCAGCUGGGCAGAGCAGAUUGCUUUUUUCCAGGACCAUCUCAAUGGUGGCAAAAUGGUCUUGGGAACAGAUUUCCCAUUUGCCUAUUCCCGUGUCUGCCUCCAAGGGUUUGGGGCUGAACAUAGUGCAAAAAAAUCCUGUCUGUGUGUGGAAAAGUGAUACGAGCAGCUGAUUAUUUUUCUUUUUAAUUUGCAGAAGUUGGAGUGUAAGGCUGCUGUAACUGGAAAACUCUGUUAUUCUUUGGCCUAGUGAAUCAAUUGGUUUACAUCAAUGCAAGAGUUCCAGAAAAAGAAUACUAUUUAGUAAAACCAGAGCCUAACAAAUAUUUCUCAUUUUGUUCUAAUGCACUUAAGUUCUUCAUGUAGCUGGAAAUACUUGUGCCUUCAUUGUAACUGGAUGGAAAAGAUUUAAUUAAUCAGGUCUUCUAGAAACAACAAUUUAGUAGAUGCUGGAAGGUAAUGAGGAAACUUUAAGUUACCGUUCUUGCUUGGUCCGUGAGGAAGAGGAGAAAGUUGGCAGCCUUUGAAAAGUCUUACAUUUUGUCAGGUCAAAUAUUCUAGAAAUACUAGUGAAUGCUUCUGAAAUGUCCCUGAACUCCAGCAUGUUGUAACUCUGCCUGGAAGAUGCCUGGACACGUGUGCUAUACCAGCACAACUGUCUGAGAAUUUUCAGAGGUGUUUUUGGACAUCCAGGAGAUGUGAUUAAAAGUUGGCUAUGUACUCAAACUUCUGAGAUUUGUCCUGAUCGCUAUCGGUAGGAAUUCCUAUACUGAGUAAUGGAAGAAUUAAAGACUUCAUUAAAAAAAAAAAAACCCUAACUAAAACCCUAACAGUUUUCAGGGUAGCAAUAUUAACAUGUUCAAACAAGCUGUUGAAUUGUUAGUCUGUAUGUGCAGGAACCAAAUCUCUUCAAAGAGAGUCAGGAGUCCUUGUGUGUUCCUAAUUCUACUUGUUGACUGAUAUGAAAUUGUAUAACGACUAUUUUUGUAAGUCCACAGUCAUUAAACCUAUAGGUAACAAAGGUAAUGAUGGUCUGUAUUUUGUUUUAAGCCUACUGUGUGAAAGUCUGUCUCAUAAUGGUUAAAGUUCAGGACUAGACUAUGACUAAACUUCUUUCCUUAUUAAAUUAGGAUGAAGUUCAGACGAAUGUGGUCUUUUUCUGUGAUGGGGUACCCAGGAGCUGAGGGAUAACUGCAGGCUGCAAGGAAUAUUUUUAUCAAUUACUUACAGCUAGACAAAAUGCUGUAUUGAACCAGGAAAAGACAGAAGACAUAUGAGACUAAUGAAAUCUUGCAGGAAAUUGCAUUCAAGUGGUUCUCUUUCCUUAACUAUUUAGAAGACAAGUAAACAAUUUUUCUUUUCAACAUUUGCCUGGAACAGAGCAAGAGGAAGGAAAAGAGGAAAAAAGAGUCUCGCACAGUAAACAAACCCAAGGGAGGCAAUAAUGAAAGAGUCUGCUGGCAAUAACUGUAGUCUUCAUCACAUGACCUUUGUUCUUUUUCCACUAGUUUCCAACAGACUAGCUAUUUCAUAGAAAAAUGGAGAAAGGCCUGCAGAAAGAGUGCACAAAUGGCUGUAGUCAUUUCUGUACACUGUUUUAUACAUCUAGCUUCUGCACACUUUGGCUGAAUCAUGGCUGAAGUAAAAAGCCUGUCUAUGUUAGCUUAUUGUUUCUGCUUCCUCAAAAUUGUACUGCCUUUCUUCAACCCCACUUGAAAGGUAUGUAACAAUGUUCUACUGGACUCUGCCUAUCCCCUUUUAUUUUUUUUUACCUUCUUACUUUUGAGCCUUUGCACUCUGUUUGAACACCUGAAGAUACAUUACUUGGACCGAUUGAAAACAGAGAAAUAAUAAAUUUGAGGGAGAAUG